UAUUUCAACAUGGCGGACAACACAGCUGCUCAGCCAGCGAUCGGUGCCGGUCGGGAUGUGGCUUUGACAAAUGGCUCAGAAGUUGCCGAGAAUCAGAAUGGACAGGCAGGGGGCCGGCAGCAGGCUCAGCCCCAGCAGAGCACCUGGCAGAUGAUCAAAGGCAUUGCCUUCCGCAUUUUUGUCUUCUACAUGAUCAUGAGCUUUUUCCGCAAAUCCUCUGCACCAUCUGAGGACCCGGCUGCCACCACAGAGGACGGCAAGAGUGUGGCCACCAGCAAGAUGGCCAUCAACCUGUUUGAGAAGGGGAUGUUGAUGGACCUUCGCAUCUACAUCUCUGAGCAGGACAGAUUCACGCAGUUCAAUGACAGUAGCCACUUGUUCUGGGAACUGACAGACUUGGAAUACGGAGACUGGGUUGGGGGACCCAAUGGGGAUGGAUCUUACACAGUGUCAGACUUUGUGGACAUCUCAGAGGAAACCAUGAACAAUGGUUCUCUAUAUAUCCACAUAUACUUCACCAAGAGUGGUUACUCACCCGAUCCGAAACAGAAAGGGAAGUACGCUAAGAGAUACACCGUCUCCAUGUCCAAACGGUUGAACCGUUUCAAGAAGCGUCACUUCACCAAGACAAAGAACCUUUUGACCGGAGCAACUGAAGCCAGCCUUGAAGAUAUUAAGAGGGCCGAGGAGGAAGGCCCAACCCAGAUCAUUUCCCACUGGCAUCCCAAUCUCACCAUCAAUAUUGUGGAUGAUCACACACCCUGGAGGCGCGGGAGUGUUCCACAACCGCUUGAUGAGUUGGUCACGUUUCAUGUGUCUGGUGACUACUACCCGAUCGUGUACAUCAAUGAUUACUGGAAUCUCAACAGUGACUACAUGCCCAUCAAUGAGACCACACCACGCCUGCCGCUGUCCCUGACUUAUACUCCCAUCUCCUUGUUCAAGCUCCAGUUCUACGCAGCCCAGUCCAUGCGCAACCAGUGGUCCAUGAUUCUGGGGGAAGGGGGAGAAGGAGAUGACGACGAUGAACAGGACAGCUUAAAGAGAGCCAUGCUGGAGACUAACCCAUACCUGCUGGCACUUACUUUUGUCGUCUCCAUUGUACAUAGCGUGUUUGAAUUCUUGGCUUUCAAAAACGACAUCCAGUUCUGGAACAACCGCAAGUCCCUGGAGGGUCUGUCCGUGCGCUCCGUCUUCUUUGGUGUGUUCCAGUCGCUCAUCGUGCUGCUGUACAUCAUGGACAAUGAGACCAACUUUGUGGUCAAGGUCAGCGUCUUCAUAGGCCUGCUCAUUGAGGCCUGGAAGAUCACCAAGGUCGUCAAUGUCAAGAUUGAUACAGUUAAUCCAUACCUUGGAUUCAUACCAAUUCGAUUUGAGGACAAGUCAUCUUACACAGAGUCAUCAACUAAGAAAUAUGAUAUGAUGGCCUUCAAGUAUCUGUCCUGGCUUCUCUUCCCACUCUUAGCCAUAUACUCAGUCUACUCAAUCAUCUAUCAAGAGCAUAAAGGCUGGUACUCCUUUGUGCUGAACAUGCUCUAUGGCUUCCUCCUAACAUUUGGGUUCAUUAUGAUGACGCCCCAGCUGUUCAUCAAUUACAAGCUGAAGUCGGUGGCCCACCUGCCCUGGCGCAUGCUGACUUACAAAGCUCUCAACACCUUCAUCGACGACAUCUUUGCCUUUGUCAUUAGGAUGCCCAUGCUGUAUCGCAUUGGUUGCCUCCGUGACGAUGUGAUCUUUGUCAUAUACCUGUACCAACGCUACAUCUACCCAGUUGAUCUAAAGCGUGUCAACGAGUUUGGGACCACUGGGGAGAUGCACAUAGAGGCAGACAGCCAGACAGCUGCAGCCACUGAUGGUGCUGAGCCACAGGCGAUAGCUCCUCCCAAAAGCAAGGAGGAAAAGAAGAAAGAUUAGGUCAGCUGUAGCCCAAGCAACUCACCGGUGAAAGCCAAAUUAUGUAACUGGUUGUAAAUUUGCCCUUUUCUGUUUGGGGGUCCUUUUUUUUUUGGGUUGUAUCAUGGCAAUAGUUGUCAAUUGUCCCUAUGUUUGUGUGUGAUGUCUUGAGGCACUGUGAGUUGUGUUAGUUUGACGCUCCACCUCCUCCCCAAAACCAAAUUUACUUUGGACUAGAAGGUUGUUUUCUCCAUGGGAGACUUUGAAAUGCUUGCCGAGAGCAGACCAACCAGUCCUUUUGGUCAGUUCUGGACAUGUUUGCACUGUUCUGCCAAUGUGCCAAAGUUCUGAGCAUGCGCACAACUGUGCAAAACGACCAGUUUGUCUGCUGCUACCAAGCGUCUCAAAGUCAAAAAGUGUGGAAUACAUGAAAAAGAACACUCAGAAAUUCAGACUUCUGGUCACUGCAAACUCACUUCACACUGUGGUAAUGAUCACGGCCUUGUGCUGGCUGCUGUUAGAACCAUCACUUUGUAAAGGCGACGGUCAUUCAAUUGAUACGGUCAAAAAUGAGAAGCGACACUGCCGAUUAGUUACCGUCCAUUACAGACAGAAAGGUCUUGCACCUAGACUAGGCUUCUUCAGGCUUCUCUGCUGAAGUGUUUGUGAGAUUUUCAGAAAACUUUGGUUUCAUUACCAGAAAGAACUAAACCCCAAAUAAAUUUGCUUGUCUCAUACACUUUACACAAAGUUGCAACUCCACUGCACUGGCAAGGAUGUGGGGGGGGGGGUUUACACUUGUUGCUAUUACUAGAUUAGCAUGUUAUCCAGCUCGUAAGUGACUUUGUCACAAAGGCAGAUGCGCCACGAUUUGCAGACUCCCAUUGGACGAUCGCUGAAGUUGCGCG